AUUUGAAAAUAAACGAGUAGGAGAAAAGAAGAAGAGGAAGAAGGACAAGGACUUUUGUAACAUUAUUUGAAUUUUGAUUAUGUUUGCUGUCGCCACCCCUUACGACUUGUUCUUCUUCCACAUUUCUUGUAUUAGCCCGCUUCCUCCUUCCUCCUCAGACUCCGUAAUGCCUCUCCCUUUGACCUUUUACAUUUCUUUAUCCUCCAUUUCCAAUUCCAUCGCACCUUUCCUUCGACCGCCAUUGUUGUUGUCUGCAAUUCCUCUCUUUCCUCUGAUAUGUUAACCCACUAAGGUCAACCCAAACAGUCUCUCUCUCUCUCUCUCUCGCCUAACUUUCUGUAUUAAUUUGGAUGGACAGUUCUUACAUGUUUAGCUGACUCUACUGGUUAUUCACUCGCUUUCUUUACUGGGAUCGCUUGUUUUCGAGAUUUCGUUGAUGUUCUUGUGAAGUAUUGCGACUUUGGUCGGAUUCGGUAUCUGGGUGUUUCGGGGAUAUUGUUGACUGAAUGCUGGUCGGAGAGGCUUCUGUGAUCUGAAUCUUGUUCGGAUCAUGACCUCGAAGCGACCUCUUCUGAUCCCAUCUCCAAGAACCCCCAAUACCCAACACCUCCCUGCUCUACCCGUCUAUUCGGAUAUCGCAAAUCCCACUUCCGGUGGCACUGGAUCGUUUUCCGGCAUGGAUUCCAGAAACCCCGCUGCAGCUGACAAUUCCAUCAACGUUGAACCCCCGACCUUCAAGUCUUCCUCCCAAAGAAGCGUUUCUUCCCUUCAAUCCAAGGCUUCCGGCAACAAUUCUGUUCGGGAAAGCGCUGACAAUUCCAUCAACGUUGAACCCCCCACCUUCAAAUCUUCCUCCCAAAGAAGCGUUUCUUCCUCCCGAAGAAGCGCUUCUUCCCUUCAAUCCAAGGCUUCCAGCAACAAUUCUGUUCGGGAAAGCGCUGACAAUUCCAUCAACGUUGAACCCCCCACCUUCAAAUCUUCCUCCCAAAGAAGCGUUUCUUCCCUUCAAUCCAAGGCUUCCGGCAACAAUUCUGUUCGGGAAAGCGUUUCUUCCCUUCAAUCCAAGGCUUCCGGCAACAAUUCUGUUCGGGAAAGCGUUUCUUCCCUUCAAUCCAAGAAUUCCGGCAAUAAUUCUGUUCGGGAAGUGAGUUUCGGCGAUCUCGAAUCGAAGCCAGUGCGGUAUGGAUCGAGAGGAGCUGAUUCGGAAGCGCUCAGCUUGUCCCAGAAGGAGCUGAACGAGGAGGAUGUAAGGGUUGUUUAUAUAGAUGAUCUUGCUAAGACAAAUGAGAGGUUUGAGUUUUCUGGUAAUUCAAUUAGGACGGCAAAGUACUCAGUUUUUACUUUUUUGCCUAGAAAUUUGUUUGAACAGUUUCAUAGGGUAGCGUACGUAUAUUUUCUUGUGAUUGCUGUGCUCAAUCAGCUCCCCCAGCUGGCGGUUUUUGGCCGUGGAGUUUCCAUAUUGCCACUGGCAUUUGUGUUGCUUGUUACUGCUGUUAAGGAUGGCUUCGAGGACUAUAGGCGGCAUCGGUCUGAUAGAAUUGAGAACAAUCGUCUGGCAUCAGUUUUGGUUGGUAAUCAGUUCCAGUGGAAAAAGUGGAAGGAUGUUCGAGUUGGUGAAAUCAUCAAAAUUCAAGCUAGUGAAGCUAUACCUUGUGAUAUGGUACUGCUUUCGACGAGUGAUCCAACUGGGGUUGCUUAUGUGCAGACAAUCAAUUUGGAUGGGGAAUCAAAUUUGAAGACGCGGUAUGCAAAACAAGAAACCCUCUCCAAGAUGCCUGAUAAGGAGAAGAUUACAGGGUUGAUUAAGUGUGAAAAUCCCAACAGGAACAUAUACGGAUUUCAUGCAUUCAUGGAAAUUGAUGGGAAGAGAUUGUCACUGGGACCCUCUAACAUUAUACUUCGAGGGUGUGAGCUUAAGAAUACUCAUUGGGUAAUUGGAGUUGCUGUAUAUGCCGGUCGUGAGACCAAAGUUAUGCUCAAUAGCUCUGGAGCCCCAUCCAAGAGGAGUCGCCUUGAGACCCGUAUGAACUUUGAGAUCAUUUUACUCUCCGGGUUUCUUGUCGCUUUGUGUACAGUUGUCUCAUUCUGUGCUGCGGUUUGGUUGAGACGCCACAAUGAUGAGUUGGAUGACAUACUUUUCUACAGGAAGAAGGACUACUCUGAAGAGAAAGUGGACGAUUAUAACUAUUAUGGAUGGGGUUUGGAGAUUCUUUUCACGUUCCUUAUGUCUGUCAUUGUGUUCCAGAUCAUGAUCCCCAUCUCAUUGUACAUUUCUAUGGAGCUUGUCCGGGUGGGUCAGGCUUACUUCAUGAUCAGGGAUGGUCAAAUGUAUGAUGAGGCCUCUGAUUCAAGAUUUCAGUGCAGAGCUUUGAAUAUCAAUGAAGAUUUAGGACAAAUUAAGUAUGUAUUCUCAGACAAAACUGGUACGCUGACAGAGAAUAAAAUGGAAUUUCAAUGUGCAAGCAUUUGGGGAGUAGAUUAUAAUGGCGGGAGAAGUAGUCCGGAGCAAGUGGGGUACUCUGUCGAAGUCAAUGGGAAGAUUUUGAGGCCAAAGAUGAAGGUGAAGGCUGACCCAGAUCUUCAGCAAUUACUCAGAAGUGGAAAGGACACAAAUGAAGGCAAACAUGUGUACGAGUUCUUCCUUGCAUUGGCAGCUUGUAAUACCAUUGUGCCUCUUGUUGUAGACACGUCUGAUCCAAAUGGGGGAUUAUUAGAUUACCAAGGGGAGUCUCCAGAUGAACAAGCAUUGGUUUAUGCUGCUGCUGCCUAUGGUUUUAUGCUUAUUGAACGAACCUCUGGUCAUAUAGUUAUCGAUAUCCAAGGGGAUAGGCAAAGGUUCAACGUCUUGGGUUUGCAUGAGUUUGAUAGUGAUCGGAAGAGAAUGUCGGUUAUAUUGGGGUGCCCUGAUAAGACCAUCAAAGUCUUUGUAAAAGGUGCUGACACAACCAUGUUCAGUGUAAUAGACAAACGAUUGAAAUUGGAUAUAAUACGAGCAACAGAAGCCCAUAUUCAUGCUUACUCCUCUUUGGGUUUGAGAACACUUGUUGUGGGCAUGAGAGAACUGAGUGCUACAGAAUUCGAGCAGUGGCACUCAUCUUUUGAGGAAGCAAGCACUGCUUUAAUUGGUAGGGCUGCUCUACUUCGCAAGGUUGCUGGCAACAUAGAAAACAAUCUCAUUAUACUAGGUGCCUCUGGCAUUGAAGAUAAACUCCAACUGGGGGUGCCUGAAGCGAUAGACUCUCUAAGAACAGCAGGGGUUCAGGUAUGGGUUUUGACAGGGGACAAGCAAGAAACUGCCAUAUCAAUCGGCUACUCAUCAAAGCUUCUAACAAGAAGAAUGACACAGAUUGUAAUUAACAGUAGUUCUAGGGAUUCAUGUCGACGGAGUUUAGAGGAUGCCAUACUAAUGUCUAGGAAGCUCAUGACGGUGUCUGCAGAUACACAAACCGACAGAGGAAGCUCUGGACAUGGUGGAACUCAAGUAGCUUUAAUCAUUGAUGGUACCAGCCUUGUGUAUAUUCUUGACAGUGAACUUGAGGAAAAGCUCUUUGAAUUAGCAAGUUACUGUACUGUGGUGCUUUGUUGCCGAGUGGCUCCAUUGCAAAAAGCUGGAAUUGUAGCCCUUGUGAAGAACAGGACGGCUGAUAUGACACUUGCCAUUGGGGAUGGUGCUAAUGACGUUUCAAUGAUCCAAAUGGCUGAUGUGGGAGUUGGCAUCAGUGGCCAAGAAGGUCGGCAAGCUGUCAUGUCAUCAGAUUUUGCAAUGGGACAGUUCAGAUUCUUAGUUCCCCUUUUAUUAAUACAUGGGCAUUGGAAUUACCAGCGGAUGGGCUAUAUGAUAUUAUACAAUUUCUACAGGAAUGCAGUGUUUGUUCUUAUUUUGUUUUGGUACGUGCUCUUCACUUCUUUUACUUUGACAACUGCAAUCACCGACUGGAGCAGCAUGUUGUAUUCUAUAAUCUACACGGCGGUACCUACAAUUGUUGUUGGGAUUCUUGACAAGGACUUAAGUAGAAGGACCCUUCUAGAUUAUCCUCAGCUAUACGGAGCUGGUCAGAGACAAGAAUGCUACAACUCAAAAUUAUUUUGGUUAACGGUUGUUGACACAUUGUGGCAAAGUCUGGCUGUCUUCUUUAUCCCUCUCUUUGCAUAUUGGGGUAGCAGCAUUGAUACAUCAAGUAUAGGGGAUCUUUGGACGCUUGCAGUGGUAAUUUUGGUUAAUUUGCAUUUGGCUAUGGAUGUUAUCCGGUGGAAUUGGAUUACACAUGCAGCCAUUUGGGGAUCUAUAAUUGCGACUUGGAUUUGUGUCUUUGUCAUCGAUGCUAUACCUUCACUGGUUGGAUACUGGGCCAUUUUUCAAGUCGUAAAGACUGCAUCGUUUUGGUUAUGUUUGUUGGCAAUCAUCAUAGCCGCAAUGGCUCCACGCUUUGUUGUAAAGUUUUUGUAUCAGUACUAUAGACCUAGUGAUGUUCAGAUUGCAAGAGAAUUUGAGAGGUUUGGCAAUCCAAGCGCGUCAAGGCCUGCACAAAUAGAAAUGAACGCGAUCUUGGACACGCCGAGGAGAUGAGAAGGUGAUGUUACUGCUUUCGGCAUCUCUUCUCAUUUUUUCUUUGUAAAAAUGUUAUUCUUUAGGCUGCUUCAGAGCAUCUCUCUCUAAGUUGCCUCAUUGUCCAUUGUUUGUUUGCUAUCCAAGGGAUAGGGUUUGUAAGUUUGUAGUGCUAGGCUUAUAUUUUGUGUUCCUAUGCUGUUUUGUUGUACCUCAGAAGAUGCAUUCGGUGUAAUUAGCCUUGUCUAAAGGAGAAAAGAAUUAGACAAAAAAAGAAAGAAAGAUAUCUCUAUGGUCAUGUUGAAAAGGAAAUGUCUGUAAAUUCUGCCAUGUUGAUAAAUACUAAGAUGUCUUUAUGGAUCAACAGUCAACACAACCACCUUGUACGUGUUGUAAGAACUGUGGCUUGCUUUGAGGUCAUAGUUCAUGAAGUCUGGUUGCAAAA